UGGGGGAGGGUUGAGAAGGUGCCCGUCAAAGGAGGAGGCGGUGGAGGAAAUUGCAGCUUUGCUUGGCAGGGCGCGACGUGCCAAUCAUGCCGACCACACAGCAGUCCCCGCAAGAUGAGCAGGAGAAACUCCUAGAUGAAGCUAUUCAGGCCGUCAAGGUCCAGUCCUUCCAAAUGAAACGAUGCUUGGAUAAAAGCAAGCUAAUGGAUGCUUUGAAACAUGCCUCUAAUAUGCUCGGUGAGUUACGGACUUCCAUGUUGUCUCCAAAGAGCUAUUAUGAACUCUAUAUGGCUAUUUCCGAUGAGCUCCACUACUUGGAAGUGUAUCUGACGGAAGAGUUUGCCAAGGGACGGAAAGUGGCGGAUCUCUACGAGCUGGUACAGUACGCUGGGAACAUCAUCCCGCGCCUCUAUUUACUGAUAACAGUUGGGGUUGUCUACGUGAAGUCCUUCCCUCAGUCCAGGAAGGAUAUUUUAAAAGACUUGGUGGAGAUGUGUCGCGGAGUCCAACAUCCUCUGAGAGGCCUCUUUCUCCGCAACUACCUUCUUCAGUGCACGCGGAAUAUCUUGCCUGAUGACGGAGAGCAACCCGAUGAAGAAACCACCGGGGACAUCAGCGACUCCAUGGAUUUUGUGCUGCUGAACUUUGCGGAGAUGAACAAGCUCUGGGUGCGCAUGCAGCACCAGGGGCACAGCCGGGACCGCGAGAAGAGGGAGCGCGAGAGGCAGGAGCUAAGAAUCCUCGUGGGGACCAACCUGGUCCGUCUCAGCCAGCUGGAGGGAGUCAAUGUAGAAAGAUACAAGCAGAUUGUUUUGCCGGGCAUAUUGGAGCAAGUCGUCAAUUGCAGGGAUGCGCUAGCUCAAGAAUACCUCAUGGAGUGUAUCAUACAGGUUUUCCCUGAUGAAUUUCACCUCCAGACCUUGAAUCCGUUUCUCCGAGCAUGUGCAGAAUUGCACCAAAAUGUGAAUGUCAAAAAUAUUAUUAUUGCAUUAAUUGAUAGGCUCGCGCUGUUUGCUCAUCGAGAGGACGGACCGGGAAUCCCUGCUGAUAUAAAGCUCUUUGACAUUUUCUCCCAGCAGGUGGCUACCGUCAUACAGUCCAGGCAAGACAUGCCUUCGGAGGACGUGGUGUCCUUGCAAGUCUCUCUCAUUAACCUGGCCAUGAAGUGCUACCCGGAUCGUGUAGACUACGUUGACAAAGUCCUGGAGACUACGGUGGAAAUCUUUAAUAAGCUUAAUCUCGAACACAUCGCAACGAGCAGUGCUGUUUCAAAGGAGCUGACACGGCUCUUGAAGAUCCCCAUUGAUACUUACAACAACGCCCUUACCGUCUUGAAGCUGAAACAUUUCCAUCCCCUUUUCGAGUAUUUCGACUACGAGUCCAGAAAGAGCAUGAGUUGUUACGUGCUUAGCAAUGUGCUAGAUUAUAACACGGAAAUCGUCUCCCAAGACCAGGUAGACUCCAUCAUGAAUCUUGUAUCCACGCUGAUCCAGGAUCAGCCAGAUCAGCCCGCUGAAGAUCCGGACCCCGAGGAUUUCGCCGACGAGCAGGGCCUGGUGGGCAGGUUUAUUCACCUCCUUCGUUCCGAAGAUCCUGACCAACAGUACCUGAUCUUAAACACGGCUCGGAAGCACUUCGGCGCAGGAGGGAACCAGCGCAUCCGUUUCACGCUGCCGCCUUUGGUCUUUGCGGCCUACCAGCUCGCGUUCCGCUAUAAGGAGAACUCCAAAGUGGAUGACAAAUGGGAGAAGAAAUGCCAGAAAAUCUUUUCCUUUGCGCAUCAGACAAUCAGUGCUUUGAUCAAAGCUGAGCUGGCAGAGCUGCCCCUGCGCCUCUUCCUCCAAGGGGCUCUCGCUGCGGGGGAAAUUGGGUUUGAGAACCACGAAACGGUGGCCUAUGAAUUCAUGUCCCAGGCAUUCUCUCUGUAUGAAGACGAAAUCAGUGAUUCAAAAGCGCAGCUGGCCGCAAUCACCUUGAUAAUUGGGACGUUCGAGCGGAUGAAGUGCUUCGGCGAGGAGAACCAUGAGCCCUUGAGAACGCAGUGCGCCUUGGCGGCCUCCAAACUACUGAAGAAGCCAGAUCAGUGCCGGGCUGUCAGCACCUGCGCUCAUCUCUUCUGGUCCGGCCGGAACACGGACAAGAACGGGGAAGAGCUUCAUGGCGGGAAGAGAGUCAUGGAGUGCCUAAAAAAGGCGUUAAAGAUUGCCAAUCAGUGCAUGGACCCCUCUCUCCAAGUUCAGCUCUUCAUCGAGAUUCUGAACCGAUACAUCUACUUCUACGAGAAGGAAAACGAUGCGGUGACAAUUCAGGUUUUGAAUCAGCUCAUACAGAAAAUCCGGGAAGACCUUCCGAGCCUGGAAUCGACAGAGGAAACCGAGCAAAUCAACAAACACUUUCACAACACGCUGGAGCACUUGCGAUUGAGGAGGGAGUCGCCGGAGUCCGAGGGGCCCAUCUACGAAGGGCUGAUCAUUUAAAAAGGAAAAGGAAAAAGAAAAAUAGCUUGUGCGCUCACUGUCCUGCUUAUCUUUCUUAUUUACACAGAGUACAUGAUUUUUUUUUCCUUACGCUAGAGUUCAUAGAUUGUGCCUUUCGGAAGUGCCAACUUUGGCUACUUGGUUGCUUUUCUUCCCCCCUGCUGUGUGACUCGUUCAGUGUUGCGCUUCUGAACACUUCUUCUCCCAAAUGUUCCAACAGUUUGGACCAGCGGCUUGAUCGACUGAUACCGUCAGGAAGUUAGCAUGGCUGAGAAGCCCUUCUCUUUAAAAAUCUCCUGCAGUUUCCUUGCCCUGCCUUCCACAAUCUUAAUUUCUGUCUCCUCCUAAUUCUGUGGCUCCUUUAUUUUCUGUCCUCUUCUAAUGUCUAAUCUGGCUUUCCAUUUUCAAGUGUUAUAGAUGUGUAUUUGGUUUAUUUUUAUAGAAUUCCCCCCCUUCCCAUUUUCCUGUAUGUGGGAUUUGGCUUUUUUCAUGUUUUAAAAAAUGCAGCAAAUUAUAUCCUGUUUUUGUCCUUCCGUCUCCCAAUAAAUAAAUGCAUGUUUUUGGAGUUUAAGCAGUCAGCGCUCAAAACCCAGAAGCUAUAUUUUGCAUAUGGAGCCUCCGUGACAGUCAGAUUGUUAACACGGGGCAUAUUUCUCAAGAAGGUAACUUUUUGUUUCCAGCAUAGUAUUAAGGAAAAGUAAUGGAUAAAUUGUGGUCUAUAUAGUUAUAUGUAUAACCUUCAUUACUGUAAAAUUGGCCAGGUCUGGGGGAGGGAGGGAUGUAUUACACAGUUCUAUCAUGAAUUUGCACCAGUGAAAACAAUAAAAGUUGCUAUUAACAAGUGA